AUGGCUGAGACCGUGGAGAAAGACGGAAAGAUGGAGCAGCCCAAAGAGGGCAUCCCAGAGUCACAUCACGCAGAAACGUACAAUGUGCCAGAGCACUACAGACCAAACCACCCGAAGGAGCCGCAUCUCAAGGACCUCGACCACUACAAGCAGAUGUACAAGGAGUCGAUUUCAGAACCAGACAAGUUCUGGGGCAACUUGGCUCGCGAGCUUCUGACCUGGGAGAAAGACUUUUCCACCGUGCGAACUGGUUCGCUCGCUGGCGGCGACACCGCAUGGUUCUUAGAGGGCAGGCUCAAUGCCUCCUACAACUGCAUUGAUCGACACGCGGCCAAAACCCCAGACAAGCCAGCGAUUAUCUACGAGGCGGAUGAGCAGGGCGAGGGCCGGACAAUUACUUACCAGGAGCUCCUCCGAGAAGUGUCGAAGCUCUCAUGGACUCUCCAGCAGAUGGGCGUCAGGAAGGGCGACACCGUUGCGCUUUACAUGCCCAUGAUUCCCGAGGCUCUCAUUGCCUUCUUGGCCUGCACACGUAUCGGCGCUGUCCACUCUGUGGUGUUUGCUGGUUUCAGCUCAGAUUCUCUGCGGGACCGCAUCAUCGACGCCGAGUCCAAGGUCGUGAUUACAACAGACGAGGGCAAGCGAGGUGGCAAGCUCAUUGGCACCAAGAAGAUCGUGGACGAGGCGCUUAAGCAGUGCCCGGACGUCACGAACUGCCUUGUCUACAAGCGUACCGGUGCCGAGAUCCCAUGGACGGAAGGACGAGAUCUGUGGUGGCACGAGGAGAUGGAGAAGUGGCCAGCCUACUUUGCGCCUGUCAGCAUGAACUCCGAGGAUCCCCUCUUCUUGCUCUACACCUCUGGCUCGACUGGUAAGCCCAAGGGUGUCAUGCAUACAACCGCUGGCUACCUGUUGGGUGCAGCCGCGACUGGCAAGUACGUUUUCGACAUCCACGACUCCGACCGCUUCUUCUGCGGUGGUGAUGUGGGUUGGAUCACUGGCCACACAUACGUCGUGUACGCGCCCCUGCUCCUCGGUAUUGCGACUGUCGUGUUCGAGGGCACACCCGCCUACCCCGACUUCAGCCGAUACUGGGAGGUGUGCGAAAAGCACGAUGUGACGCAGUUCUAUGUUGCUCCCACUGCUCUGCGUCUGUUGAAGAGAGCCGGCGACCACCACGUCAAGAAGGAGAUGAAGAACCUUCGUGUGCUUGGCUCUGUUGGUGAGCCCAUCGCCGCUGAGGUGUGGAAGUGGUACCAUGAGAUUGUUGGCAAGACGAAGGCACAUAUUGUAGACACAUACUGGCAAACCGAAACCGGCUCCCACGUCAUCUCGCCCAUGGGCGGCCUCACGCCCACCAAACCUGGCAGCGCCACCCUCCCCUUCUUCGGCAUCGAACCCGCCAUCAUCGACCCCGUCUCCGGCGAAGAGAUCAGCGGCAACGACGUCGAAGGCGUGCUGGCCUUCAAGCAGGCCUGGCCGUCCAUGGCGCGCACGGUCUGGGGUGCGCACAAGAGAUACAUGGACACGUACCUCAACGUCUAUAAGGGCUACUACUUUACCGGCGACGGCGCUGCUCGGGAUCACGAGGGCUACUACUGGAUCCGUGGGCGCGUGGACGACGUCGUGAACGUGUCUGGACAUCGCCUGUCGACUGCAGAAAUCGAAGCGGCGCUGAUCGAGCACCCCGCUGUCGGCGAGGCGGCCGUCGUAGGCAUCAACGACGAGCUGACCGGCCAAGCCGUCAACGCUUUCGUCUCGAUCAAAGAAGGCAACGAAAUCAACGACAAGCUCCGCAAAGACAUGAUCAUGCAAGUCCGCAAAUCCAUCGGCCCCUUCGCGGCACCCAAGGCCGUGUUCGCCAUCCCAGACCUGCCCAAGACGCGGUCCGGCAAGAUUAUGCGACGGAUUCUGCGCAAGAUUCUGGCGGGCGAGGAGGACCAGCUGGGCGACACGUCGACGCUGUCGGACCCGUCGGUGGUGGAUAAGAUUAUUGAGACGGUCAAGGAGAGCAAGAACUCGGCGGCGGAGAAGGAGUAG